CUAGCCAUCUUUCCAGCACGCACGCCCCAGAUCAAAAAGAAGAGUGGGGGAAAUAAAAUAAUAGGGCCCUGCCCCCCCACGCCACGCACCAGCCCCCCCUCCACCUUGGGCUUUCGCCCCGGCCCCCAGAGCUCAGCGUCUUGCACCCCUUCUGCAGGUUUCCCGCCGUGAGGCAAAGCGGAGCUCUCCGCGGCGCACCCGGAACACCAUGAAUAUAUUCCGCUUCCUGGGAGACAUUUCGCAUCUGUUAGCUAUAAUCAUCUUGCUCUUGAAGAUCUGGAAGACGAGAUCAUGUGCUGGGAUUUCUGGGAAGAGCCAAGUUCUCUUUGCCAUUGUCUUCACAACUCGGUACCUAGACCUAUUUACCAACUACAUCUCACUGUACAACACCUCCAUGAAGGUGGUUUAUAUCGCAUGCUCUUAUGCCACAGUGUGGAUGAUCUAUAGUAAAUUCAAAGCCACCUACGAUGGCAACCACGACACGUUCCGAGUGGAGUUCCUGGUUGUCCCUACAGCAGUGUUAGCAUUUCUAGUGAAUCAUGAUUUUACUCCUCUUGAGAUUCUCUGGACCUUCUCCAUCUACCUGGAGUCAGUGGCUAUCCUGCCACAACUCUUCAUGGUGAGUAAAACAGGCGAGGCUGAGACCAUCACAAGCCACUAUCUCUUCGCCUUGGGUGUCUACCGUUCCCUCUACCUGUUCAACUGGAUCUGGCGUUACCAGUUUGAGGGCUUCUUCGACCUCAUUGCCAUUGUGGCUGGCUUGGUGCAAACCAUACUGUACUGCGAUUUCUUCUACCUCUACAUUACAAAAGUUCUAAAAGGCAAGAAGCUGAGUUUGCCGGCAUAGUUCAAAAUGAGACAAGAUACUUUGGCCCAGAAUGAGGGGAAUCCUUCAGAGAAAACUAAGACACAUGGUUUCUUUUUUUCAACCAACCCAAGUUAGUCACCUGUUGGUCUCUUCUUGCACCCUGAACUUUUACCUUAGUGUGAUCUGGGACAAAAGAAUGGCAAGUCCUUCUGUUCAAGAGACUGAUAUAGAUGGGGGUGAGGUGGGGUAUAGCUUGGAGUCCAAGCUAAUAAUGGCUACUCUUGGCCAGUCUGUAAGUUUCUCAAAAUAUCCCUUUGAUCAUUCUCCUCAAUUUCUAUAUUCUUGACUCUUAUUUUGUUGAUAACCAGUGCAGGGAAAAAUGCUUUUUUAAAAAAGCUGGACAUCUCCCUCCUCCCACUUCGCACUCAUGGUUUGGGUGUUGUGCUGGUAACUGCUAAGAAGAAGUCAGAGCUUUUCUUUUUGUGAGGGCCUAGUGCUGUGGAGCUGUCUGGAAAAACAUAAGCGCUUACAUAUUUAGACUGUUUCCUUUAUAUAGUGAUUUUGGGGCCUCAAUUUUUAAAAAAGAUGACUGGUGCGAAAAGACCUAAAUAUUCUGUCAUUUACUAUUUCUUCAUUUUGUAUAUUUUCUGAUGGCUAAUUCCUCAUCCACUUUAAAUAAAAGAGAAAAAAUAAACUUCCCCCACCCCCAUUAAUUAGUGCCUUUGUGGGAGGGAUGGGAAUUUGAAUAAAACAACGUUGUUUUGUU